GCGCCGAUUUACAGGAAGCGUUAACGUUCUCUUCACCCAGCUGAUAGCUAAAUUGUCAACAGUGAAAGCUGCGGUACCUGCGCCGCGGAGACAGCAGUAUAAACGACAUCAGAACCAGGAAAGAUCUGGACCCCGUCAGUAAGACUGGACUGCAGCCGGUUUGUGAGUGACUGAUAUCCCAGCGCUCUGAGGAGGAGGCCCAGCUCUCCUGCCGUCCGUAAACAGGUCAGUAUGAGCUCCAGAGGGAGCGCCGGCCGCUCCAAUGGCACGCUACCGCAGACCAAGAUCUGCCAGUUCAAGCUGGUGCUGCUGGGAGACAUGGCCGUGGGCAAGUCCAGCCUGGUGCUACGCUUCGUCAAGGGUCAGUUCGAUGAGUUCCAGGAGACCACCAUAGGAGCUGCGUUCUUGGCUCAGUCGGUGUGUCUAGAUGACACCACGGUGAAGUUUGAGAUCUGGGACACUGCAGGGCAGGAGAGAUACCACAGCCUGGCUCCCAUGUACUACCGAGGAGCUCAGGCUGCUAUUGUCGUCUUUGACAUCACCAAGCCAGAGACUUUUGAGAGAGCCAAGGCCUGGGUGAAGGAGCUGCAGAGACAGGCCAGUCCUAACAUAGUUAUUGCUCUGGCUGGAAACAAGGCCGACCUGGCUGAGAAGAGACUGGUGGAGUACGAGGAGGCCCAGACGUACGCUGAAGACACCAGCCUUCUGUUUAUGGAGACAUCUGCCAAGACGGCCAUGAACGUGAAUGAGCUCUUCUUGGCUAUUGCAAAAAAGAUGCCAAAAACAGACACCCAGAACCCGACACAUGCAGCACGACAUCGGGGAGUCAACCUCCAGGACCCAGAUGCUCACUCCACCCGAGCCUGCUGCGGUGGGAACUAGACGUCCAACCUCCCACCUGUGUCCCACCAUCCACACCACCACAGCCCUUCAGUCAUCUCAUCUCCUUCAACGUCCAGCGGUCAGCCCGAUGUGGGGCAAACCCGUUCCCUGCAUCCAUUGUCCGGUCCCAGUGGAUGGAAAAUCCAAGAAGAGAUUAAAAACAGAAGCAGGAGGACGGAGACGUGAUUCUGCAUGUGGAAAUUACAAGUAAAGACUGAGUGAGAGGAGGAGAAUAAUGUGGAAAGUGGUGGUAAGCCUGAUGUAGUAUUUAGCACUAAUUGUGAAAUUUCAGUUUCUGUCUGCCUUGCAUCACCUUGGCCACAGCCUCGCUGCAUAAAGAAAAAAAAAAAAAAGGGCACAAACUGAACAGCAGCUGCUGGCGAGUGGACGAAAAGCAGAACAAACGGCUCAAAGGUCGCUUGCUGCUUCUUCUUGCUGGAGCUUGCUCCUGCUUGCUUUGCCUCUUCCUGAAUCGAUCAAACCCUGCUGUCAAUAACGCCACAUAUCACACCUCCGGAAUGAUCUGUAACCCUACUGUGAUGCUCCGCCUUAGCAGGCCAAAAAAAAACCCAAAAGGUCAAAUGUGUCAGUUUGUGCAUAUUUCUAGCCCAGUGUUUUGACUUGCAGGCUGAAGUGCUCCAGGGUUCCUGAAGCUUGACCUUAAAGUCCAGAUCCAAAUACUUAAAGCAGAUUUCUCACAGAUAAAUUCAGUCAGACUUGUGUCAUGAAAGAUUGAAGUGCAGUGUACUAGUGUUAAUGAGGACAGGAGGCGACUUGUACAACACUAUAGACUUGAUGUGGAGUGUGUGAUUUAUUUUUAUUUAUAAAGCAGAAAAUGUCUGGAAAAUGUCUAACAGGCAACCCAAAGAAGUUUAGCAUCAAACACAAGUUCCCUGCUUGGAGUAAAUGUUUUAACCAUUUGUUUAAUGGUUGCAGUGACUGGUGAUUUUUGGGCUUUGAUGUUUAGUUUAAAACAAGAAUUAAGUGAAUAUGAGAAAAAUGAGGCUCAUAAUAAACCUCCCCAGCCUGCAGGAGCACAUCUGCCAAUCUUCUGUUAAAAUGUGUCCACCAUCUGUCUCGUCUCAAACCUGUCGUCAUGGUGAUCUUAGAUAGUUUUAUGGAUUCCUUUAUCUUCCUGCGAUGGUUGUCUGGCAGUCCGAGGCUUGACUGAGGAAAAAUCUGUGAAGAAUUGAUGAAAACACACACACAAAAAAGAAAAAACAGAAGUGCCUACUCCCAGUUUUCUUUCUAAGAAUCAUCUUCGAGGCUUUAAGUGUGCUUCGUAGAUAAAAGUGCAGAAAAAAACUUGUCCCUUACAUUGGCUUGAACCAUAAACCAACAACUCUGCGCCCCGCCAUUCGGCUUUACUGUGUUGGCUUGAACCGGAUCUUGUCGAAUACACUGUAUGUUGUAUUUUGUCUUAAUUCUAAUGAAAGUGUAUGUUGAUUUUAGCAGAGCACACUUGUCAACCUGGAAUGGAUGGCUCAAAUGAUCAGUGUUAUAAAUCUGUUUGAUUUAAACAAAUACUGGUGUCCACAGAAAUCUUUUGUUUUGCUUUAUUUUCAGAUUUAGAACAAUGCAUAAAAGGAAAACAUAAAAAGAGAAAAUGCAAGUUGUAUUAUAAAAGCAAAAGAAAAGUAGAGAUGUUCUUCCUUACAGGGCAUCAACGACUCAUCAGCUCAUUCUGUUCAAUAAAGUAAUUCAGUCCUUAAAUCUA